UUAAUUCUUUAAAAAUGGCUCUAAAUAACACAGAUAAUUCAACAAAAUCAAUUAAUAAUUUGCAAAAAUCAAAUUGUACUUUAACAACAAAAUCAAUAAUUAAAAGUUCAAAAAGGAAAAGAAUUGAAGAAUAUUAUAAAAAGCAACACGAACUUUAUGAAAAGUUUGAACAGGACAGGAAAAGAAUUCAUGAAGCUCAACAAUUACGACUUCUACAAUCACAGAAUCAAAGUUUAAGUGCCACAGAGACUUCAAAAAUACUUCAACCAGAUUCUGAUCAAUUAGCUGGACCAGUCGAUUCUGAUGCUUCUCUUCUUUUGGAUAAUCAACCAAAAAGUCCACCAUCAGAGCCAUUAAUUGAUUUUCUCGAACAAGGGCUUUCUUUACAUGUUUCUUCUUCCUCAAACCGAACAAAAAGAAAAUCUCUCAAAAAAUCAAAAACAGAAGAAGAAUUGGCAAAAACAGCUAGGAGAUUGGCUUUUUGUACUUUAAUGGUUAAUGUGGCAUUAACAAUUGCUAAAGCUAUUGCCUCAUAUCUUUCCGGCAGUUUGUCUAUAAUUUCUUCUUUGGUGGAUUCUUUAGUGGAUAUUACAUCUGGUCUUGUAAUUUGGCUAACGGGCAGAGCAAUUAGAAAACGAGAUCCAAAUCUUUAUCCUGUUGGAAGAACUCGUUUAGAACCAAUUGCUUUGAUUGUUGUCAGUGUUAUUAUGGCUGUUGCAAGUAUUCAAAUGAUUGUGCAAUCAUUAGAAUCAAUUAUUAAAAACAAUAUACAUCCAAAAGUUGAUUUAUUUACUGUUGGAAUUAUGAUUGGUACAAUUUUUGUUAAAUUGUGUCUUUUCUUUCUUUGCAGCAGAUUUAAAUCUGAUUUAUCUAUUCGAGUGCUUGCCCAAGACCACCGAAAUGACUGUCUUUCAAAUGCUAUAGCUUUAAUUUGUGCCUUUGGUGCUCAAAAAUUUUGGCUUUAUUUGGACCCGAUUGGGGCUAUUAUUGUUGCUUUAUAUAUAGCAGUUACAUGGUAUAAAACAGGAAAGGAACAUUUGGUUAUGCUUGUUGGACGAUCUGCAGAACCAGAAUUUAUUAUUCGAAUAAUUAAAGUUUGUAUAGACCAUGACGAGCGUAUUGAAUAUAUCGAUACUGUUUAUGUUUAUCAUUUUGGUACUCGAUUUUUGGUUGAAGUGCAUAUUGUUUUGGAUGAAAAUAUGAGAUUAAAAGAAGCCCAUGAUAUUGCAGAAUCUUUACAAAAUUCAAUCGAAUCAUUUUCUGAAGUUGAAAGGGCUUUUGUACAUGUGGACUAUGAAUUUGAGCAUAAUCCAUUAGAUGAACAUAAACUCCCAUAAAUAAUUGGUUAUUA